AGUUUGUAUUUUGACUCUUGACAAAGAAGGUGCUACAAACAAAGUUUCUCACUACAUAGAACUUGUGCGUUUAUACGAUUGUUAGCUAGUAUUAAAAUGCCAACUCUUAAUUGAGCAAACUGUUAUGUUGAAGAUAGGUAUCUCGAUUUUUAUGGGAGAAAAAGAAUAAAAAUCUGAAACGACUAAAAAUCAUCACAAAUCAUUUGAUUGCACAUUGGUUUUUACUAAAAAAGACAAGAUGAUUGGAAGUGAUUAUGUGCUUGAAGCGCACAACAUCUAUCAUACAGCUGAGGUUGAUGGCGGUGGCUGUUUAAAUGUCGAAGAAAAUUCCGCUCUUGUGCUAAAGGGUGUAAGUCUGACAUUGCAAUCCGGCGAAGUAAUGGCAAUAUUGGGCUCGAAGGGAAGUGGAAAAAAGGCAUUACUUGAUGUGAUUGCUUGUCGUGCUGAAAAUUCGACAAGAGGACAGGUUUUACUGAACGGGUCUACUUUGACAAGAUCGAUAUUCCAGCAAAAAUGUGGAUACGUGACACAUUCAGUUGAUUUCAUCCAUGGCUUAACCGUUUCGCAGACUCUUCACUACACUCCAACAGUGUUCAAUGGAUAUUCGAAAAGUUCAAAGGUUCGUCAGAUCCUCGCUGAUUUGGCCCUAUCACAAGUAGCUCACAAACGAGUUGAAUAUCUAAACAUGAGCGAAAAACGGCGCCUUUCGAUUGGUGUCCAAUUCGUUCGUGAAUCUGUUAUGGUGCUAUUAGAUGAGCCUACAUAUGGAUUGGAUCCACUGGAUGCAUAUUUACUCGUAUCCAUUUUGUCCAACUACGCUAAGAAAACGGGCUGCGGAAUAUUGCUGUCAAUGGAAAAACCCCGGUCAGAUGUUUUUCCGUUUUUAGACAGAGCUUUGUUCCUGUGCCUGGGUGGAGUCGUUUACUCAGGUAGUACUCGUGGCAUGUUGGAAUACUUCCAUAGCAUCGGAUUCCCAUGUCCGCAGCUCGAAAAUCCGUUGAUGUACUAUUUGUGUCUAUCGACGGUUGAUCGAAGAAGUCGAGAUCGUUUCGUCGAGUCCAGCCAACAGAUAGAAGCAUUAGUCCAGCGUUUUGCACGCGAAGCACCAUUGCCCGAUGUUCCGAUGAAUCCAAUGGGCUCCGGAAAAGUCCCGUUGUCAUAUGGGAAACCAAGUGAAAUAAAAGUUUGGGGAAUGCUUUACUUGAAAUUACUUGCCGCUACGUUCUCUUGCAGUCAUGCUGGCCUAAAAUCACUAUUCCUGCGUUUAUUCGCACUGCCCGCGGCCAUGAGUCUGAUGUGGAUAUUCUAUAGUAACGUUGGCGAUGAUGCAAAAGGCUUCUACAGCAAAAGUGCAAUGAUUAUGAAUGUUCUAGGCUUAGCCUAUGGUGCUGGUGUUUGGGCUACAAUCAGUUUAUUUCCUCCUUGGCGCAAUAGAUUUAGCAAAGAAUAUGACGAAGGUUUAUACACGGGAACAACAUUGCUGCUGGCCUAUGAGUCGGUGUCGCUUCCGUUCUCAAUCAUUUCUGCAGCGCUUUCUGUUUGCGUCUUGUACCCAAUCAUUUUGGACGCAGAGCAUCCCAACGGAAUUGCCUUCACUUAUCUCUUGGUUGCACUUUGGAGCAGUUUUAUUUUAGCUGAACAGAUUUGCAUCACACUGCUUCUAUUUAUUAAGUCAAGAAUUAAUGUUGCAAUCAUUGUUAGCUAUAUAUUUUGUGUUUCCAUAGCAUUAGCAAGCGGAACCGUAAGAUCUUUCCAGGGUUUGGCUCCAUGGCUUCAAGAGAAUACGAAGGGAACGCAUACAAAAUAUGCAUCCACCCUAUUACACAGUGCAGUAUUCCUAUCGAGGAAAAUGGUUUGCAUACCGAGUGAUAAGACCGUGUGUCCAUUAACAUCGGAUUAUCUAUACGAAAGACUUGGUCGAGCUGUUCCCCAAGAGAACACUGACAUGGCAGCAUCAAUUGGUUUCGCUGUUGGGUUUAUCGCAUUCAAUAUGUUGUUAUAUUUGAUCCCAGUCCCCAGCUUCAUACGUCGCAAAUUCAAAGAUUAAUUUCUAUUUCCAUUUCACACGCCCUACUCUAUCUUCAUUUUCUUAACAUUUUGUAAUGUAUUUAUUUUUUAUUGCAUUUAAAUUUACUAAGCAAAAUGUUGUAACGUUCAACGCAAUAAACGGUAGACAUUUAGACAGUCGUCUUUAGACAA